GAGAGAGACUCGCGGGUGACUGACUCGCGGGUGACUUGUUUGCUGAGGAUAUUGGAUUUCUCUAUUCAUCGUCGUUAGUUCCCUCUCCUCUCUGCCAGCUCUGUGAGGACGUCUGAUGCGCUGACCAGCCCUGCUGUAGCCUGUCACUCUCGGGGUUGUCUGGCCGUGGACACAGACUGGACUGGACAUCCGUGAUUGUAUUUUUUUAAAUGAGCUGGUACAUUACCACACCUUUGUUGCGCGUUGAAGACACUAUAUGAACAGUGAAGGGACUUUCCGUGAACGAAGAGACACCUGGUUUUCAGUUGGGGUUUAUUUUACGCGUAUUUUUCUGUGAAGGUUACGGAUCUUGCUCAAGAAUAAGGGCGUUUUAGAAGAUGAAGACAAGUGAAUGAUCACACGAAUAUAUGUGCUACUGUAAACCAAGACAUUGCCCUGAGUAGACCCUAACGUCAUUCCAUUGUGGUUUAACACAAAUCAGCUUCCUUGGAUCUUACUUUAGUUGUGUUAGUGUAUUUUUGCAUAAUAUAUCCCCCCCAAUGAUUUUUGGAUUAGCAGAACUGUAGAAUUAAUAUAAUACAGGGAAUACUCACCAAGAGCGAAGAUGGGGAACAGUGUCUAGAACUGCCAGGAGAGGAAUGCCCCAGACUGUGUUCCCAGCAGCAGGCACCAUGUUCACCCCCAGUGGCUUCAGCCCCCACCUGGCCUCCACCUGCUCUGAGGCUGACCCUGAGGAGGAGGGCCCCCAGGAGGCCAGAGGACCUGGGGCUUGCGUGGCCGACGGACCCCCCAUUACCUCCGCCUCUCUGGACACUCUCAUCCAGCACCUAGUGCCCACCACAGACUACUACCCAGAGAAAGCCUAUGUGUUUACGUUCCUGCUGUGUGCUCGUCUGUUCAUCUCUCCUCCUGAGCUGCUGGCCAGACUCUGUGACACCUGCAUCAAACAACAACAGUUGGACCAGAGUCCAAUGGACACGGCUAAAGUGAGGAAGUUUGGUCCCAAGAUCCUGCAGCUGCUGACUGAGUGGACAGAGACGUUUCCCACAGACUUCAGAGAGGAGAAGAUGGUGGGCCUUUUCAAAGAUAUCAUCCACAGGAUAGCACCCUGUGAUGAGGCGUAUUGGAAGACACUGAACCAGGUUUUGCAGACACUGAACCAGAAGCUGGCAGCCAUCGCCCAGGGAGAGGAGAGCAUUGUCAAAGUGAAUGCCUCCUCAGUCUCCUCAAUCUCAGACAAGCUGGUGGGCUUCAAGACCAAGCCUCCACCUAUCCAGAAGGAUAUACUGUCUAUCUGCAAUGACCCAUACACACUGGCACAGCAACUGACCCAUGUGGAACUGGAACAUCUCAGUUAUAUCGGUCCUGAGGAGUUUGUCCAAGCCUUUGUUCAGAAAGACCCACUAGAUAGCACUCAGCAGCCGUGUUUCAGUGAGCAGAAGAAGAAGACCACUAACCUGGAGGCUUAUGUCAGGUGGUUCAACAGGCUGUGCUACCUGGUAGCUACUGAGAUCUGUAUGCCUGCUAAGAAGAAACAGAGAGCCCAGGUGAUUGAGUUCUUCAUCGACGUGGCCAGAGAGUGCUUCAACAUUGGCAAUUUCAACUCCCUCAUGGCCAUCAUCUCUGGUAUGAAUAUGAGUCCUGUGUCUCGGUUGAAGAAGACAUGGGGUAAAGCCAAGACUGCCAAGUUCUUCAUCCUGGAGCAUCAGAUGGACCCUACUGGAAACUUCUACAACUACAGAACAGCACUUAGGGGAGCCGUCCACAGGUCCCAGACUGCUAAUAGCAUCAGGGAGAAGAUUGUUAUUCCCUUCUUCAGCCUAUUGAUCAAAGACAUAUACUUCCUGAAUGAGGGAUGUGCCAACCGCUUGCCCAACGGCCAUGUACAUUUUGCGAAAUUUAUGGAAUUGGCUCGCCAGGUGGGAGAGUUUAUGACAUGGAAACAGAUAGAGUGUCCGUUUGAGACAGACAGGAGCAUCCUCCACUACCUCCACACUGCUCCCAUCUUCAGUGAGGACGGCCUCUACCUGGCAUCCUAUGAGAGUGAGAGCCCAGAGAACCAGGUGGAGAAGGACAGAUGGAAAGCACUCAGGUCUAAUAUUCUGGUGAAGACAAAAGAGCUAAAAGAGCACCAUGGCAGCUAACCCUCAGGCCAGCCCAGCGAGGGAUGGAGGGAGGGAGUGGAAUCACUGCACUAAAACAAACUGUGAAGGAGCCUAGCUGGUGCCAAGGUGUUUUUCUACACAUGAAGUAUAGAAGUGAUGAAACAAUAAUGAUGAACAGGAUUCAUCAACAUCAUGACCAGUAAAAACACAAUGGAAGAACAAAGGUCAACAAGCAGUGAAAAGUGAAGCUACUGUAUGCACACUAACUGGGGGAGUACAAUGGGGUACAUAAUAAGGGAUAGAUCAAUCCCGCAAUCUUGGUGUUUAUUUACUCUUUAUCAUCUUUCUUUGUCUCUCCCUCUCUCAUCUUUCUCUCCAACGCCUUGUGUAAGUUUUCUAUUGUACUGUUAGAAUCCUUUAAAAGUAAGAGUAACUAUGAUGUGAAGGGUGCUGGCUUGCCCACUUAGCUGCCGGACUGUGUUUGGUCCUCUACUACUGAAGACUCCUUCUAAAGACCACUACUGAAGACUACUACUGAAGACUACUACUGAAGACUACUUCUAAAGACUACUUCUAAAGACUACUACUGAAUACUACAUCCAAAGACUACUUCUAAAGACUCCUACUGAAGACUACUACUGAAGACUACUUUUAAAGACUACUUCUAAAGACUACUUCUAAAGACUACUAUCGAUGACUUCUACUAAAGACAACUUCUAAAGACAACUUCUAAAGACUACUUCUAAAGACUACUUCUAAAGACUACUACUAAAGACAACUUCUAAAGACUACUAUCAAUGACUUCUACUAAAGACUACUUCUAAAGACUACUAUUGAUGACUUCUACUAAAGACUAGUAUUGAUGACUUCUACUAAAGACUAGUAUUGAUGACUUCUACUAAAGACUACUAUUGAUGACUUCUACUAAAGACUACUAUUGAUGACUUCUACUAAAGACUACUAUUGAUGACUUCUACUAAAGACUAGUAUUGAUGACUUCUACUAAAGACUAGUAUUGAUGACUUCUACUAAAGACUACUAUUGAUGACUUCUACUAAAGACUACUAUUGAUGACUUCUACUAAAGACUACUAUUGAUGACUUCUACUAAAGACUACUAUUGAUGACUUCUACUAAAGACUACUAUUGAUGACUUCUACUAAAGACUAGUAUUGAUGACUUCUACUAAAGACUACUAUUGAUGACUUCUACUAAAGACUACUAUUGAUGACUUCUACUAAAGACUACUAUUGAUGACUUCUACUAAAGACUACUAUUGAUGACUUCUACUAAAGACUAGUAUUGAUGACUUCUACUAAAGACUAGUAUUGAUGACUUUUACUAGACUACUUCUAAAGACUACUAUUGAUGACUUUUACUAGACUACUUCUAAAGACUACUAUUGAUGACUUCUACUAAAGACUACUAUUGAUGACUUAUACUAAAGACUACUUCUAAAGACUACUAUUGAUGACUUCUACUAAAGACUACUAUUGAUGACUUCUACUAAAGACUAGUAUUGAUGACUUCUACUAAAGACUACUAUUGAUGACUUCUACUAAAGACUAGUAUUGAUGACUUCUACUAAAGACUAGUAUUGAUGACUUCUACUAAAGACUACUAUUGAUGACUUCUACUAAAGACUAGUAUUGAUGACUUCUACUAAAGACUAGUAUUGAUGACUUCUACUAAAGACUACUAUUGAUGACUUCUACUAAAGACUACUAUUGAUGACUUCUACUAAAGACUACUAUUGAUGACUUCUACUAAAGACUACUAUUGAUGACUUCUACUAAAGACUAGUAUUGAUGACUUCUACUAAAGACUACUAUUGAUGACUUCUACUAAAGACUACUAUUGAUGACUUCUACUAAAGACUACUAUUGAUGACUUCUACUAAAGACUACUAUUGAUGACUUCUACUAAAGACUAGUAUUGAUGACUUUUACUAGACUACUUCUAAAGACUACUAUUGAUGACUUUUACUAGACUACUUCUAAAGACUACUAUUGAUGACUUCUACUAAAGACUACUAUUGAUGACUUAUACUAAAGACUACUUCUAAAGACUACUAUUGAUGACUUCUACUAAAGACUAAUAUUGAUGACUUCUACUAAAGACUAAUAUUGAUGACUUCUACUAAAGACUAGUAUUGAUGACUUUUACUAGACUACUUCUAAAGACUACUAUUGAUGACUUCUACUAAAGACUAGUAUUGAUGACUUAUACUAAAGACUACUUUUAAAGACUACUAUUGAUGACUUCUACUAAAGACUAAUAUUGAUGACUUCUACUAAAGACUAGUAUUGAUGACUUCUACUAAAGACUAAUAUUGAUGACUUCUACUAAAGACUAAUAUUGAUGACUUCUACUAAAGACUAGUAUUGAUGACUUUUACUAGACUACUUCUAAAGACUACUAUUGAUGACUUCUACUAAAGACUACUAUUGAUGACUUAUACUAAAGACUACUUCUAAAGACUACUAUUGAUGACUUCUACUAAAGACUACUAUUGAUGACUUCUACUAAAGACUAAUAUUGAUGACUUCUACUAAAGACUAGUAUUGAUGACUUUUACUAGACUACUUCUAAAGACUACUAUUGAUGACUUCUACUAAAGACUACUAUUGAUGACUUCUACUAAAGACUACUAUUGAUGACUUCUACUAAAGACUAAUAUUGAUGACUUCUACUAAAGACUAGUAUUGAUGACUUUUACUAGACUACUUCUAAAGACUACUAUUGAUGACUUUUACUAGACUACUUCUAAAGACUACUAUUGAUGACUUCUACUAAAGACUACUAUUGAUGACUUCUACUAAAGACUCAUAUUGAUGACUUCUACUAAAGACUAGUAUUGAUGACUUUUACUAGACUACUUCUAAAGACUACUAUUGAUGACUUCUACUAAAGACUAGUAUUGAUGACUUAUACUAAAGACUACUUCUAAAGACUACUAUUGAUGACUUCUACUAAAGACUAAUAUUGAUGACUUCUACUAAAGACUAAUAUUGAUGACUUCUACUAAAGACUAGUAUUGAUGACUUUUACUAGACUACUUCUAAAGACUACUAUUGAUGACUUCUACUAAAGACUAGUAUUGAUGAUGACUACUACUGAGUACCAUGAACCACUGGAGAUACAUCCUGCAUUAUAUCAUUCCACAUACAUAAAUACGUGUGUGUGUGUGUGUGCGUGCGUGCCUGCGUGUGUGUGUGUUUGGGUGUGCAUGUGUGCAUGGUCUCAGUUGAGGGGCUUAUUCUUAUUCAAAUGUAAAUCUCUCAUCCUCAGUGGAGAGACUGUUGUUGAAACCAUGAAACCAGGAUAUUUUCAUCUCCAUGUCUGAAUCUAGUCUACCUGUACAUUGUAGGUGUGGAGGGCUGGAGAUAUCAGCAUUGUCUACUCCUAUGCGAAAAUGGAUUGUGCCAUGAAAGCGACAGCAAAACAAUCAAUCAUGGCAAGAGCCAGGCCUGUGUAUAGAUUGUGUAUAAAGGACUACUUUUCCCAUGUACCCCUGACAUCUUUCUGGUCUCCAGGAAGAAGUCUCUCUCUGACUGAUGUUCAGUUGUCAGAUAUUUAUGGUUUUGUUGUUCUUUUAUUUUAUUCCUCUAUUGAAAAUGAAGUCUGCUAAAUGUCAUGCAAAAGACAGUGUUUUAAAGGGGCAUUAUAUGUAGGGUUCCACCACUGAAAUACUGAAGAUGUUUUAGGCCAUUGGAAUAUGAGCUAAAUGAUCAAAUGGAUACUUUCACCAAAAACAUCUGCCAUUGUCUUUCUACUGUUGGAGAGGGAACGUUGUGCCAGUUUGUCACUACUAGUUGUUACAAUUAUCCAGGUUCUUUUAACUUGAAACUUGCUGUUGUUUAUGACUUUGUUGUCCUGUGGGAUAAUCACAUGUUGUGAUCCCUGGGGGUGAUCAUAAAGGAGGAAUAUGGUGGGGGAGGGAUGUGUGUUAUUCCAUGUUUUUAAGAGACAGUUUGAUUCAAUUUUAUAUGAUUGGUGUUCAAGUGAUGCACCCAUCGCCCUGUCAUUUUAACAACAGUCUGGUUCACUCUCUCUCUCUCUGUCUCUCUCUAUCUCUGUGUGUCUCUGUCUCUCUCUCUCUCUGUCUCUCUCUAUCUCUGUGUGUCUCUGUCUCUCUCUCUCUGUCUCUCUCUGUGUGUCUCUGUCUCUCUCUCUCUCUCUCUCUCUCUCUCUCUCUCUCUCUCUCUCUCUCUAUCUCUGUGUGUCUCUGUCUCUCUCUCUCUGUCUCUCUCUCUCUCUCUUCUCUGUAACACACUGAAGACAGGUACAUACCCCUAAACACUUUCCCUGCCCAGUUACCUACACCCGUGCCAUGCCACACUGUCUUGUAGGAUCAGGAGGCAUCCAAGGUAACAGUUUUCAGUGCAGUGUUUUCAGUGAAGAGUGUUUGCGUGUGUGACACCCUGAAGCAGGCAGAUCAUUGAUACUUUUUUGUUUACUGGCCAGUUUACAGGAUUCUGGCCCCAUCGAUAGCACAUUGGAAAGAGGCCGACUUAAAUAAAUGGCUUUUAAUAAAAUGCA